GCAAGAAUCAUUUCCUUUGGCUCCUUUUCACUGCUCUAAACGGAAAUAGGGAAACAGUGGAAAACUUUUUUUUUUAAUUGUCCUCCAAACAAACCCUAAGUCGGAUUCGAUUGAACCGAAGAGAGCAAGAUAGAGCCAGUCGUUGAUGGGGUAUUGAAUCGUAUCCGAGUUAGAGUUGUAGACGAACUCAAUUCUAUAUCUAAUAGAUGGGCGCGGCGGGUUCGAAACUCGAGAAAGCUUUGGGUGACCAGUUCCCGGAAGGCGAACGAUAUUUUGGUCUCGAAAACUUUGGCAACACUUGCUAUUGUAACAGCGUUUUGCAGGCACUUUAUUUUUGUGUCCCAUUUCGCGAGCAGCUGCUAGAAUAUUAUUCAAGUAAUAAAAAUGGUGUUGAUGCUGAAGAUAAUCUGCUGACAUGCUUGGCAGAUCUGUUUACACAGAUAAGUUCACAGAAGAAGAAAACAGGUGUCAUUGCUCCAAAGCGCUUUGUACAAAGAUUGAAGAAACAAAAUGAGCUUUUUCGCAGCUAUAUGCACCAGGAUGCUCAUGAGUUCUUGAACUUUUUGCUUAAUGAACUUGUUGAUAUACUGGAGAAAGAGGCACAAGCAGCAAAAAAUGAUGCAGAAACUUCUUCACCAUCUGAAAAGACUGCAAAUGGGCCAAAGAAUCCUCAGGCUAAUGGUGUUAAAAAAGAGCCUUUGGUUACUUGGGUACACAAGAAUUUUCAGGGAAUACUUACCAAUGAGACAAGAUGCUUGCGAUGUGAGACAGUGACAGCGAGAGACGAAACUUUCUUUGACUUGAGCCUUGACAUUGAACAGAACAGCUCAAUAACCAGCUGUUUGAAAAAUUUUAGUUCUACUGAAACAUUGAAUGCUGAGGACAAAUUUUUCUGUGACAAGUGUUGCAGUUUGCAAGAAGCACAGAAGAGAAUGAAGAUAAAGAAGCCUCCUCACAUCCUGGUUAUCCAUUUGAAGCGGUUCAAGUACAUUGAACAGCUUGGACGAUACAAGAAGCUCUCCUAUCGUGUUGUAUUUCCACUUGAGCUGAAGCUGAGCAAUACCGUGGAAGAUGCAGAUUUGGAGUAUUCCUUAUUUGCUGUAGUUGUUCAUGUGGGAAGUGGACCUAACCAUGGCCACUAUGUUAGCCUGGUAAAAAGCCAUAACCACUGGUUAUUUUUUGAUGAUGAAAACGUGGAGAUGAUCGAUGAGUCGGCGGUUCAGACAUUUUUUGGGUCAGCCCAGGAGUUCUCAAGUAAUACAGAUCAUGGGUAUAUCUUGUUUUAUGAAAGCCUGGGUGCUGGCAACAAGAGCUAAGAAGUGAGUUUGAGAAGGUAUUCUAAUAAUCUUCACUUAGACCUCAUUUUCUUUUAAUUGCGAGAAGAGGUGGCAUAUAAUGAUGUGGGUUUUGAGAAAAAUGUAUACUUGGGUCAUUGCCAUGUACAGUGAAUGGUGGAACCAACCUGUCCUUUUUUUUUUUUUCUUGUUUCACAAUAAGAGGGAAAAAGAAGAGUGUAUAGGUUUGAGAAAUAUCACGGAGACUGUGCUGUGUAUGAUUUAACAGUUUUUCUCUAUCUGUAGUUUCUCCUGCAGAGCUUAGACCUUUGUUAAUUCAAAGAGAGAGAAGCUGUUUCAUGUU